AUGGACUUUCUCAAACCUGGUACUGUUUUAGAUUUGGGCAAUAUCCGCGAUGAGCUGGUGAGAAUGGAGGAUACCAUUAUCUUCAAAUUUAUUGAAAGAUCACACUUCCCAACCUGUCCUACCGUUUACAAAGAGAAUGAUCCCAAUCUGCAACUACCAGAUUUUCAUGGUAGCUUUUUAGACUGGGCUUUGAUGCAGUCUGAAAUGACGCAUUCGCAAUUAAGGCGGUUCGAAUCUCCAGAUCAGACACCCUUCUUUCCCAGCAAAAUCUUGAAACCUAUUUUACCAAGCAUACAGUAUCCGAGGGUACUAGCUUCAUACUCGCCUGAGAUCAAUUUAAACCAGGAAAUCAAAGACGUCUACAUUAACCAAAUAACACCUUUAAUUUCAAGGUUCGAUGGCGAAAGUUGGGAGAAUUUCGGUUCCGUAGCCACUAUCGACAUUGAGUGUCUGCAGAGUCUCAGUAGGAGAAUACAUUUUGGCAAGUUUGUGGCGGAGGCUAAGUUUCAGGCAGAUCGUGCUUUGUACUCCAAAAUGAUUCUCGAACAAGACAUUGAUGGACUUUAUCAAAGCAUAACUAAUAGCGCCGUAGAGGAGAAAAUAAUGGAAAGACUUUGUGUGAAGGCAGAGGUAUAUGGUGUUGACCCAACAAAUAAAGAAGGCUACCGAAAGAUUACACCAGCCUACUUGGUCAAAAUUUACAAGGAGUUGGUGAUUCCUUUGACCAAAAAAGUUGAGAUCGACUACCUACUACGGAGAUUGGAAUGCGAGUAA